AUGAAGCAUCCAUUUCAGAAGGUCUUGCUCAACUCGGACGCCAGUUUGUUGUUUGCUGCUGCAGGAAACAAAGUUUAUGUUUUCAGCGGACCUGAAAGCUGGAAAUUGGUUGAUUCCUGGGUCGAUACUGUUGAUCCUAACUAUUCGCUAAUUAAGGAGUACGAGGCCCGUAUCCAGAGAUACGAGCAAGAGGUCAAGGAAUCGGGCUCCACCGACCACAGACCUCCCAAAGUUCCAACUCCUGGCGCAGGAGCUCCAGCCAAAAUCUGUUACAUUAGAGAUAUCCAAUUGAGCAGAAAUGAGAAAUACCUGAUCCUCACCACCGAUACAGACAAGGCUGUUGUUGUUUUCGAGAUCAUCGACGGCCAUUUGAAAGAGGUGAAGCGCCAACCGCUUCCUAAGAGAACAUGUUCGAUCACCACGUCGCUCGACGAUACAAAAAUCCUGGUUGGUGACAAAUUUGGAGAUGUGUACUCUGUCGACACUCUGGACCCGGAAAUCGUCUCCGAGAAAGACCUGGUGCCGGUCCUCGGACACGUGUCGAUGCUCACGUCGGUUCUUAAUAUUGGAAACGGCUCGGGCAAGGAGUUUGUCAUCACUACAGACAGAGACGAGCAUAUUAGAAUCAGUCAAUUUCCUAAAAGCUAUGUGAUCGAGAACUGGCUGUUCGAGCACGAAGAGUUCAUCUCGUCGAUUGUGGCUCCACAAUGGUGCGACAACAAGGUCCUAAUUAGUGCAGGAGGAGACAAAUUCAUUUGUUCGUGGAACUGGCAAGAAGGAAGCUUGGUCGACAAGUUUGACUACUCUGCCGACAUCGAGCCGUUCCUCACCGCUGAGAACCUGGCUCCCUCGCGGUUCCAGAACGAGGAGGGCGAUCUGAUGGAAUACGCCGUUUCCCAGUUGAUCCAGGUUCCUAAACUGAACAAGCUGGUUGUUCUGUUUGACAGACUAGCCGCCUUCUUUGUGGUUUCUGUCUCUGCCGAUGGAAAGCUGGCAUUGGACAAGUCCGUGAGUGUUUCCAGCACGAUCAUCUGUGGCGCUGCAAACAACAAUCGUCUUAUAUUAAGCGUGAAGGGUGACGAAAACUGUUUGCUCGAAUACAAUCUUGAAAACUGGGAGCACAAGGAACUCACUGAGGUUUAUGGUUGCAACGACGUGGAAUGGAACGAGAAAGGCGAUCUGUUUGCAUCGUUCUCCGUGAAUCAAUUGCGCAAGAGAAGUGAACACUAA